AUGAAUCAAGAUUAUGGUGCUGCAAUCAUAUAUCAAAAUUCAGAUGAUUAAAAAGACGGAAAUUAGAAUGCUUAGAUAAAACUGAUAAAGCAGAUAGUUUAUAGUGUAUCUAAUGUAUAAGUAGUGAAAUUGAUAUUUCUGAGACUUAGUAUUUUUAUGUCGGUAAUUUUAAAUAAUUUUAAGUUGCUUUAUAAAUAUAGUGAAGCAGUCAUUUUGGUAGAUUAAGCAUUGUAACAAGGUCCAAAUUAUAGUAAUUCUUAACAUUGUAAAGGUAUGAUUAUAAAUAAUAUUAUAGUCGAGAGUUUAAGAAUGCAUGGUUAUUAUGAUAACGCAAUCAACUAGGAUGAUAAUGCAUUUUAAGUAGUUCCAAAUAAUUAUUACCCAUUAUAUAGGAAAGGCAAGAUUUAAUUGAUGUGUUUGCGAUGAGUUUAAUUUAUAUGAAAGAAAAUGUUAUUAUGAUGCUACUUAAUUAAAUUGACUAAGCCAUCAUUUAGACUGAUAAGGCAUUGCAAAUAAUAUCAAUCAUCUUAAUUCAUUACAUUGCAAAGGUAGGAUUAGUAUUUAAAUAAUAGCGCAGUGUUUAAGAAUGCUUGAGUAAUUUAAUGAAGCAAUCUUUUGGACAGGUAAAACUUUGCAAAUAAAUCCAAAACAUUGUGAUUCAUUAUGUUAGUCGACGGUUUAAUGUUACUUGA